AUGCCUCGCGGAGCUGAAUACGACGACGGUGUCCCCCACAGCGACAACGCUGUUGAGGCCGGCCAGACCAAGGUUCACGGCACCAACCCCGACAAUGACACCCUCAACCGCGCCCAGCGCACUGCGCCCCUCCCCGACGCCUCCCACGGCAGCGGCCUGCACAGCGCCCAGGGCUCCGCCGGUCCCACCCAGUCCGGCAGCGGCAAGGGCGACCAUGACCCCAAGACCCUCGGCGAGCAGAAGGGUACCGGUGCUCUGCCCGGCCAGUAA